UUUGGAUAUAGAAUCCCAGAGGCUUGUUCAAUCAUUCAGUACACUGCUCAGCAGUUUUCACAGAAGACAGGGGACACAUUUUCAAGGAAAAUCCAACUGGUUUCUGGUUCUAGAAAGUGUUACAUUUGACCAGAUAUGAUGGCAAAUACACCAGUGUCCAAUUGCCUCUUUCCAAUGAAGCUCAUAACUCUCAUUGUCAUUGGUUUCUUUCUGACCAUUUUGAAUGCUCAGUCGGCUGUUGGUGAGAAAGGAUCACAACAACUCAGACCGAUCUUGUUUAGAAGACGUGUGAAACGUGCCACUGAUUGUACCAAUGGCCUAAUUGCAAAAGAUAUGACCAGCAAUACAUUAUUGCCUGCACUGUAUCCUACUGAACAGUUAGACGCUUGCUUGAACAACAGUGUGCUCCUUGCAAAUCUCACUGAACUGGGACACAUCGCUUUUAGUAGAGAUCAACUUCUUGUUCUAAAAAGGAAACUGGGAGAGAUAUUCACAGGCGGACUGCCAGAGGAACGGAUACAACAGCUGGGAUUCAUUAUUACUGUGUACAGCCCUGAAGAGAUCAGCAUGUGGAACAUAACAAGUGCAGAAACCCUUGCACUUGUUCUAAACAACAGCCCAAAUCUGAACACGAGCAAAGUCAUUAUUGAAAAUUACCUGCAGAGAUCUGGGCCGCUAAACGCUGUUGCUUUGGAUGCGAUUGGUGGUCCACUACUGUGUACUCUGAGCGAAGAGAACCUUAGGACCAUCCUUCCCAGUGAACUGAAGAAAGCCAAGCCACUGAAUAUUUCCACGUGUACCCAGGCGAAGAAAGACAUACUCUUUGGGAUCGCUAAAGUUGCAUUCCAGGAUCUUGCUGGUGAUCCCAAAGCCUAUUUUAACCAACUCAAGCCAUAUAUUGGUGGUGCACAAGCUUCUGAUUUACAAAGAUUAGCUCCUGGCAACAUCAACAUGGACUUCCAGACAUUCAGCAGCCUCAAUCCAGUGGAAGUGGAAGAACUCACUGCCCAGAACAUUCGAGAUCUGCUCGGAAUUAACCUGAAUUCCCUUAAAGAGAAUGAAAACCAUGAAAUAGUGCGGCGUUGGGUUAACUCACACACAGUGGCUGAGGUGAUGAGUCUGAGAAUUGGCCUUAGAGGUGGAAUAUCACCGGCUGGACUUGGGAAUCUUUCCAUUCUGCCAUUGCCUGGUUCUGCUACAGUCAACAGCUACAGUCUCCUGCUCUCCAUCUGCGUUGCUGUGUUGGGAAUCACUUUGCAAUGCCUUUCAUAAAUAGUGUUUCAUCCCAUUGUGCUACCUACUGUGUUAAAUGGAAAGAAUCAUGAAGGAUACUGAAGAAGGUUUAAAAAGCUCAGCACAAGUAGAUUGAAUUCUGUUUAUAACGUUGAAAUGACUGUAAACUAGCUUUCUAGGCAUUGUGCAGAUCAAUUGUAAAACAAAUAAUUUAGGGCAACUCUGGGCUGUCACUAGAAUGAUGACAAUCCAAAAGCAUUCAAUAAAGGUUUAUCUUAUUUCUGCCUACCAAAUCUCACACAGAAAUAUUUAUGAAUUUUCUUAUCAUGGACUCCUUGUAGAGUGAAAGGUGGUAUAAGCUUGGAAUUCUCUUUGGCAAACAGCAUUGAAUGCCAUAUCAAUAGUUCAUUUUAUGGCAGAGGUUGGUACAUUCUUGUUCACUAAAGAUAUUAAGAGCUAAAGGACAAAGGCAGGAAUAUGGAGUUAUGUUGCAGAUUGAUUAGAACCUCAUUCAACGACUGACCAGACUCCCAAGUGUUUACUCCUAUAUUCCUGAUGAAGUUGCUGCUUAAAAUUUAAUCCAUGUUUUCAUAACGAAGCCCCUGUGUUGUUUGGCUUGAUUAUAAUGUAGCCAGUAGCUGAGCAAAAGUCACAUUAUAUGGGUAAAAGCCAACUAGGGCUUGGGAAUGGGCAGAGGUGAGGGGUACGGUUUCUGUCCGUUUUUGGGUGAGAACCGAACAUGAAGACUCUCAGGCUCAAGUCGCCAUCGUCUCUCAGUUCGAAUCCACAAGUUGACAUCUUCUUUGGAACUGGGACAUGUGCAGAGCUGACAAUGCCUUGUUUCAGCUAAAUGCUUCACCUUUUUGAGAUUCUGCCUCCGUUCUAGAUUGCCAGCUUGUUUUUGAGGAAUCAGUGGGUGGAGUACGCACUGUCCGCCCAGUAUCCGGUUAUUUAUAAAUGGGCCACAGCUCAUCUUUCAGCAACACCGCAACCCCCUUCCCCAGCCACGGGCUAUGGAACUGAUAACAGAAUGGCAAGCAGAGAAAAGUGACGACAGACGUUCUUGCCUCUGUUACAUUUAACUCUAAGUCAGCAAGAACUACGGUAAUAAAUUUGCGAAAGAGCAGGUUGAAAAAUGCCAUAUGACUUGUUUGUCUUCAAUGUUAAACAAUAGUUACUGCUUUCAUAUGUAAAAUGAUAGUUACUGCCUUUACCAUUAUAUAUUUAUAUAAAUUGCUGUUUUACCCAGUAUGUAUGUAAUACACAUUUGUUC